GAACAUAAGGGCACGGAAGACUGUGUCGUGGAUCCAGCCGUGGAAUAAUUAUUGAAUCCCCCCCGGCCAGUCUUUCUGUGUACACGUAUUUAGCUCGCCAUAUACAGGAUAAUGCAAGUCUCCACAUUCUUGUCACUGAGGCUGUCACAUUUUUCUGUAUACAACGUUAUGAGACAAUCCUGAGUCAACAUGGAGAAAGACAGUGAUCAACAAGACUGUAUUGGGCAAGAAGAAGAAGGCAACAAACAGCAAGGCGACUAUGGUUGGGGAUCGUGGAAUCCUGCACCCCUACAGGUGUUAAAUAAUCCAAAGGCAGCCCUGGCUUUUCUGUGCUGUGCGAUUUUUACACAAGCUAUGACGGUAAAUGGACUUGCCAGAAGCGUAGUGACCACCCUGGAGCGGCGGUUUCACCUGACCAGUACAGACAUGGGCGCCGUUCUCAUAGCAAAUGACGUGGCAAACUUCCUAUCAUCUCUGCCGAUCAGUUAUCUCGGUGCUAACAACAAACCCCGCUGGCUCGGCUGCGGUAUGCUCGUGCUUGCCGUGGGAGCCUUCGUCUUCGCCCUUCCGCACUUCGUCGCCGAACCUUACCGAGUACAGCCGACGACUUCUCACGAGUUAUGUCGACGUCACGCCUCGAACUUCAGUUCUGCCGAUUUUGAUUCUUGGACACAGACAGGAUGUGGAAAUACUACAAGCGGUGCAGGUCUUGGAAUGAAGGGCUACAUGUACGUCCUCGUUUUGGGGAAGCUUCUUGUGGGGACCGGCGCAUGCGCACUCUUCAGCCUGGGGGUGACCUACAUCAACGAGAACAGCCCACCCAACCAGUCUUCGGUAUACCUCGGUAUUUUCUACUCCUUCUCCAUCAUGGGUCCGGCAGUGGGUUACCUCCUAGCCAGUGUGUUCCUGGAGAUACCUACGGACAGUACAUUUCCUACCAACAUCGACCCAAAACACCCUGAGUGGAUAGGGUCAUGGUGGAUAGGGUUCAUCCUUACCGGCACAUUGGCGGUCGUGGCAGCCAUCUUUAUUUUGGGCCUACCGAAAAGACUUGAGAGUGAAGUGGAAGGCUGUAAAGAAGACACGAUCACGCCCGAAAUGCCACUGAAAAAAAUGCAACGGGAUUACACAAACCUUCAAGACAAAAAUGGCGACGCAGGAAAUCUCCCAUCAACCACUGCAUCUCCUGUUCAACAAAAUGGCGUCGGUCUAAGUCCUCUGCAUGGCGUUGUUGAUAAAUCCGCCCGUGUCAUGCGGAAUCCGACGUUUGUGUUUCUGUCUUUGGCGACCGUGUCUGAGAAAGGAAUUGCUGCUGGGAUCGCAACGUUUAUAGCGAAGUACAUCGAGUCUCAGUUCAGAACAUCAGCCGGGGAGGCAGCCAUGCUGAUGGGCGUUGUGAGCAUCCCAGGCGCUACCAUUGGAACUCUUUUAGGCGGAUACCUUGUGAAGAGGUUUGAACUCCAAGUCCGUGGCAUCAUGAAGAUGUGCACUCUUCUCACCUUGAUGACGAUGGCUUCAUUACUGUUGUUUCUCAUCAACUGUGCGGAUGUAUCCAUGGCCGGAGUCAAUAUUGGUUACCACAAUAGUUCGAAUGCGCCCGCGCCAGUGUCUUUGCGCAUGCUGACCGGGUGCAACGCACAGUGUGACUGCUCGCGUGACCAGUACCAGCCGGUUUGCGGUAGUGACGAUGUGGUGUACUUCUCGCCGUGUCUGGCAGGAUGUCAGAAUCUCACAACAAUCAACAAUUCUCAGGUUUACGACAAUUGCACAUGUGUGGUAGAUGGAGGGUUGGCGACACCAGGGAUGUGUGCUGUUGACUGUCCGCUGAAGCCCCUGUUCCUUGGCAUCCUGUUUAUCAUGAGUAUGGGGAUGUUUAUCACACAGAUCCCUUUACUAACGGCAACGUUAAGGGCAGUUACAGAAGAAGACGGUCCAUUCGCUACAGGAGUGCAGGAUGUCAUGAUAAGAGGUUUAGGAUUCAUCCCUUGCAUCUUAUUGGUGGGAACAGUAAUCGACAGCGCAUGCGUCCUACAGGACAGCUCCUGCACCAAUGGGGGCUCGUGUCUGCUGUACGUCAACAGAGAUUUCGGACUUUAUUUACUGGUCGUUUCUAUGACGUACAAGGUGACGUCAUGCUUGUUUUACGCGCUGGUGCUUCUGUUUGACCGAGGGCAGGAGCAUGCGCACUACAGCAACUUGAAGUACAUAUUGCGUCAUAUCCACCAUUUAUCAGACAACGCAAUUCUACAAACCUCAUGUAUUCUUGUCACAGUGCGUGGCUGGCAUAUUUUUCAGUAUAUAACGUUAUAUAGUAUACGGAAUAAGCCUAGAGGCAAGCCCAGAACCAACAUGAAGAAAGACCGUACUAGUGAUCAACAAGACUGUAUUGGGCAAGAAGAAUGCAGCAAACAGAGAGACGACUAUGGUUGGGGAUCGUGGAAUCUUGCUACAUUACAGGUGUUGAACAAUCCAAAGGCAGCUCUGGCUUUCCUGAGCUGUGCUUUUUUUACUCAAGCUAUGACGGUAAAUGGACUUGCCCUAAGUGUUGUGACCACCCUGGAGCGGCGGUUUCACCUGACCAGUACAGACAUGGGCGCCGUUCUCACAGCAAAUGAUGUGGCAAACUUCCUAUCAUCUCUACCGAUCAGUUAUCUCGGUGCUAACAACAAACCCCGCUGGCUCGGCUGCGGAAUGCUCGUGCUUGCCGUGGGAGCCUUCGUCUUCGCCCUUCCACACUUCGUCGCCGAACCUUACCGAAUACAGCCGACGACUUCUCACGAGUUAUGUCGACGUCACGCCUCGAACUUUAGCUCUCCGGCCGAUUUUGAUUCUUGGACGCAGACUGGAUGUGGAAAUACUACAAGUGGUGCAGGUCUUGGAAUGAAGGGCUACAUGUAUGUCCUCGUUUUGGGGAAGUUUCUUGUGGGGACCGGCGCAUGCGCAUUGUUCAGUCUGGGGGUGACAUACAUCAACGAGAACAGCCCACCCCACCAGUCUUCGGUAUACCUCGGUAUUUACUAUUCCUUCUCCGUCAUGGGUCCGGCAGUUGGUUACCUCCUAGCCAGUGUGUUCCUGAAGAUACCUACGGACAGUACAUUUCCCACCAAUAUCGACCCAGAACAUCCUCAGUGGAUAGGGGCAUGGUGGAUAGGGUUCAUACUUGCCGGCACAUCAGCUGUCGUGGCAGCCAUCUUUAUUUUGGGUCUACCGAGAAGACUUGCCAGCAAAGUGGAAGAAGCCACGACCACGCCAGAAAUACCACUGAAAAAACUGCAACGGGAUUACACCAAACUUGAAGAUAAAAAUGGCGAAACAGGAAAUGUACCAUCAACCACUGCGUCUCCUCUGCAACAAAAUGGCAGCGAUCUAAGUCCUCUCCAUGGCGUUGUUGAUAAAUCCGCCCGUAUCAUGCGGAAUCCGACGUUUGUGUUCCUGUCGCUGGCGCUCGUGACUGAGAAAGGAAUUGCUUCUGGGAUCGCAACGUUUAUAGCGAAGUACAUCGAGUCCCAGUUCAGAACAUCAGCUGGGGAGGCAGCCAUGUUCAUGGGCGUUGUGAGCGUCCCAGGCGCUACCAUUGGAACUCUUUUAGGUGGAUAUCUUGUGAAGAGGUUUGAACUGCAAGUCCGUGGUAUCGUGAAGAUGUGCACUCUUCUCACCUUGAUGACGAUGGCUUCAUUGCUGUUGUUUCUCAUCAACUGUGAGGAUGUAUCCAUGGCCGGAGUCAAUACUGGUUACCACAAUAGAUUUAAUGCGACCGUUCCACCAUCUUUGAUGACCGGGUGCAACGCACAGUGUGACUGUUCACGUGACCAGUACCAGCCGGUUUGCGGUAGUGACGAUGUGGUGUACUUCUCGCCGUGUCUCGCGGGAUGUCAGAAUCUCACCACCGUGAACGAUUCUCAGGUUUACGACAAUUGCAUAUGUGUGGUAGAUGGGGGGCUGGCGACACCAGGGAUGUGUGCUGUUGACUGUCCGCUGAAGCCCCUGUUCCUUGGCAUUAUGUUUUUCACGAGUAUGGGGAUAUUUAUCACAUCAGUCCCAUUAGUAACGGCAACCCUAAGGGCAGUUACAGAAGAAGACGGUCCAUUCGCUACAGGAGUGCAGGAUGUCAUGAUAAGAGGUUUAGGAUUCAUCCCUUGCCUCUUAUUGAUGGGAACCGUCAUCGACAGCGCAUGCGUCCUACAGGACAACUCCUGCACCAAUGGGGGCUCGUGUCUGCUGUACGUCAACAGAGAUUUCGGACUUUAUUUACUGGUCGUUUCUAUGACGUACAAGGUGACGUCAUGUUUGUUUUACGCGCUGGUGCUGCUGUUUGACCGAGGACAGGAGCAUGCUCAGUACAGCAAUUUGGAGUAAAGAAGAAAUCCACUUAAAACAAGUUAUAUUCAUUCUAUGGCCGCUAUGAGAAACAUGUACAAUGUACGAUGCAAAAUGAAGUAAAAACUGAAAGAAAUACGUGACCUUCAUAAAG